GCAAGAGUAGCUAAAAUUAUGCAAUGUAGGGAAUUCAUUAACGUCCCGUUAUCUGACAUAAGCUUUUCUGUGUAUCACGAAUGACAUCACGAAAUUACAGUAAGGGACCAUACAUGGAUUACCCACCGUUAAAAAGAUUAAGAAGCCGGGGGACACAAUGUGGUGUCAAUAUUGUUAGUCAUGACAAGUCUACGCAAUUUGGACCUUCUCAUAACAGUUAUGAUCGUUUUAUCCGCUCAUCCGAUAAAACAGCAUUUACAACACACAAAUACUUAAUCACAAACAUCACGAAUACCAAAGAGAAUGCCUUAUCGUGGUGUUUUGAUAACAAUUUGUUAAUCAAACAAAGAAAAUGCGAUAAAUGUAACAAUGACAUGAUCUUGUCUAAGUGCAAAAGUUCAGAUGGAAUUAGAUGGCGUUGCCAAAAGAAUGGUCAUUUUAUUGAACGUCAAUUCGCAAAGAUAGCUGGUUUGAAAAGUCUAAUUUGACGAUAGAAGAGGUGAUUGAAAUGACGUAUUGGUGGACCACUGGUAUCGAUCAAAAUCAAAUAGCCAAACAAAUGUGCAUAUCAAGUUCUACUGCUGUUGACUGGGAUAUGUUUUGCCGAGAAACGUGUGAAGUAUUACUCUUCCAAAAUUCAUCAAAGAUUGGCGGUAAAGGUGUACGAGUUCAAAUUGACGAGAGUAAGUUUGGAAAGCGUAAAUACCACAGGGGCCAUCGUGUAGAUGGACAGUGGGUUUUUGGUGAAUCGCGAAAGAACUUUCUUGUAGCGGUAGAAAAGAGAGACAGAGAGACACUGAUACCUAUAAUAAAAAAUUGGAUCCUGCCUGGUACAAUUAUAGUUUCAGAUUUUUGGAAACCAUAUGAUAUUUUAAGUGAAUUAUAUUUUGAACAUUUAAAAGUUAGCCACUCAGUUGAAUUUGUUAACUGUAACGGAGAUCACACAAAUAAAAUUGAAGGACACUGGAGGCAAGUUUAAAUCAACAUUACCAUCAUUUGGAGUAAAAAAAUCCCACUUUUCAUCUUACAUGGCGGAAUUUAUGUGGAGAUAUGCUAACAAGGAUCAAGAUUUAUUUUCGAAAUUCA